GUGUGUCUGAUUGUGUGUGUGUGUGUGUGUGUGUGUGUGUAUGUAUGUGUGUUUAUCCAGCUGAUGUGUUGUUCUUAUCUUGAACUAUGCCCUGAUGUGACAAUAACUCAUUGGUACAGUGAGAGAGCAAGGGCUGGAGGACAGACAGACGGUGUGUUAAAGGGGUUCAGAGUGAUCGGAUCGCGUCAGAGAGCGGCAGCAUGCUCUCCUCAGGCGUGCGUCCUCCGGUGUUCUCCACGGCCGUCCGGUCUCUGUGUGUCGGCGCGUGCGGCCGUGAGGAUGCGGCGAUGGAGCGGCCGCUGCAGAGGAGAACCGGAGGAGUGCGAGACUUCCAGGAGAUUCCUCACACCGGCAGCAACGGCUGGAUCAACCUGCUGCGCUUCUGGAAGGACGGGAGAUUCAGCCUGCUUCACAAGCACAUGGAGAGCACCUUCAGACGCCUCGGACCCAUCUACAGGGAGUAUCUGGGCUCUCAGAGCAGCGUGAACAUCAUGCUGCCGAUGGACAUCGGGGAGGUGUUCCGAUCCGAGGGUCUCCAUCCGCGCCGCAUGACGCUGCAGCCCUGGGCCACACACAGAGAGACGCGCAGACACAGCAAGGGCAUCUUCCUAAAGAACGGGACGGAGUGGCGCGCCGACAGGCUGCUGUUGAACAGGGAGGUGAUGGUCACUUCAGCCGUACGGCGCUUCCUUCCGCUGCUGGACGACGUCGCGCAGGAUUUCUGCCGUUCGCUGCGACACCGGGUGGAGACGGAGGGAGUGGGGGAGACGGGUCAGCGUAGUAUGACCCUUGACCCCAGUCCUGACCUCUUCCGCUUUGCCCUGGAAGCGAGCUGUCAUGUUCUGUACGGCGAGCGCAUUGGCCUGUUCUCGUCGUCUCCGUCUGAAGAGGCGGAGCGCUUCAUCUGGGCCAUUGAGCGCAUGUUAGCCACGACGCUGCCGCUGCUGUACCUGCCGCCGCGGCUGCUGCUGGCCCUGCGCGCCCCCCUCUGGACACAGCACGCCACUGCAUGGGACCACAUCUUCAGCCACGCGGAGGCGCGUAUCCAGCGCGGGUACCAGCGUCUGCAGACGGCGGUGGGCGGAGCCUCUGAUGGGCGGUUCCUGGGUGUGCUGGGUCAGCUGAUGGAGGCGGGACGGUUAUCUUCAGAGCUAAUCAAAGCCAACAUCACUGAACUGAUGGCCGGCGGAGUCGAUACGACCGCCGUGCCGCUGCAGUUCGCUCUCUUCGAGAUGGCGCGUAACCCUGGGGUGCAGGAGCGGGUGCGAGCGCAGGUGCUGUCGUCAUGGCAACAGGCAUCAGGAAGCCCCCAGAAGGCCCUGCAGGGGGCGCCGCUGCUGAAGGGGACCAUCAAGGAGACGCUGAGGCUGUAUCCCGUAGGAAUCACCGUCCAGCGCUAUCCGGUCCGAGACAUCGUCCUGCAGAACUACCACGUGCCGGCAGGGACGCUGGUGCAGGUGUGUCUGUAUCCUCUGGGUCGCAGUCCUGAAGUGUUCGAGCGUCCGGAGCGCUUCGAGCCGAGCCGCUGGAGUCUGGACGCGGCUUCAGGAGGAGGCUUUCGCUCGCUGGCGUUCGGCUUCGGAUCCAGGCAGUGUGUCGGCCGGAGAAUCGCAGAGAACGAGAUGCAGCUGCUGUUAAUGCACAUUCUGAGGAACUUCAAACUGACGGUCUCAUCCACAGAAGAGCUGAACACCAAAUACACCCUCAUUCUGCAGCCCGAAUCUCCUCCCAGAAUCACCUUCACCACACGCUCACUAUAAAUCACCAGUUAUUAUUAGUUUUGGAAGAUUGCAGUGUUUAUUAUAAAUUAUUUAUCUGUGCUCAUCAUUAUUUUAAGUUGAAUAGGGUAAAAAAAAAUAACAAAUCACAUUAAGAAUUGUAAGCGUUGUUUA